GUGCAAUCUAACCUUACUUUUCGUGACAGAAUUUGCGAAUAACAAACAAAGCAUCUUUUGGAUUUUUGUUUGUGAUUUUCCCAAUUUUCAUGGAAAAAAGAGAAAAUCUCAGAAGUUUUUUGUGUUCUGCAUAAUCAAAGAUAUCCCGAAGUUGAGAAGUGCGUGCAAAAACAGUGAACAACAAUGUUCUCUGCAAUUUGUAAACAAACUCAUCCGGCAACGGGCAUUGAAUUUAGCAUUUCCUGCCAUUUUUUCAACAACUCCGAGAAGAAUCUCGUCACAGCUGGUGCUAAUAUCCUCAAAGUGUUUCGGAUUGUGCCAGAUGUCGAGCCACAUAUUAAGGAGAAAUAUACGGAUAUCCGGCCUCCGAAGAUGAGGCUUGAGUGUGUGGCCAUGUACACACUCUAUGGGAAUGUUAUGUCCCUCCAGUCAGUGUCACUGGCAGGUUCACAGCGUGAUGCUCUUCUUGUGAGUUUCAAAGAUGCCAAAUUGUCCGUUGUACAGCACGAUCCGGACACUUACGAUCUCAAGACACUCUCACUGCACUAUUUCGAGGAAGAGGAGAUUCGUGGAGGCUGGACAGGAAACUACCAUGUUCCAAUUGUCAGGGUAGAUCCUGACAAUCGAUGCGCAGUGAUGCUGGUGUAUGGGAGGAAGCUUGUAGUGUUGCCCUUCAGGAAAGAUAGUACCCUGGAUGAGAUUGAGCUGCAGGAUGUGAAGCCAAUGAAGAAACCACCAAUUCAAUUAAUUGCAAGAACCCCAAUUCUUGCUUCGUACAUCAUUACCCUGAAGGAUUUGGAUGAGAAAGUGGACAAUAUCAUUGAUAUUCAGUUUCUGCAUGGAUACUAUGAGCCAACGCUUCUCAUCCUGUAUGAACCUGUUAGAACCUUUCCGGGGAGGAUUGCUGUGCGCUCUGACACUUGCACUAUGGUGGCUAUUUCACUGAAUAUCCAACAGAGGGUUCAUCCGGUGAUUUGGAGCUUCUCGGGACUUCCAUUUGAUUGCUGCCAAGUUGUCCCGGUGAACAAACCCAUUGGGGGCUGUCUCGUGGUCUCUGUAAAUGCCAUCAUUUACCUCAAUCAAAGUGUUCCGCCGUAUGGAGUGAGUGUCAACAGUAUUGCUGACCACAGUACGCAGUUCCCGCUCAAACCACAGGAUGGGGUAAAGAUCACCCUAGAUACAGCUCAGAUGACCUUUAUUGAGAACGAUAAACUCGUGAUGUCACUGAAAAAUGGUGAGCUUUAUGUCCUGACACUCUGUGCUGAUUCCAUGCGUAGCGUUAGGAGCUUCCACUUCAGCAAGGCUGCGUCGAGUGUGCUGACGAGUUGCAUUUGCGUUUGUGAGGAGGAAUAUUUGUUCUUAGGCUCUCGCCUGGGUAAUUCCCUUUUGCUGCGCCUGACACAGAAGGAUCAGAGCAUGGUUAUCACGAUUGAGGAUACAGAGAAGGAGGUGGAAAAGGAGAAGGAUGUGAUGACGAAGCAAAGGCGUCUGGAAGAGGAAGAACUGGAAGUGUAUGGAUCGGGUCCAAAGACUUCGGUCCAAUUGACAAGUUUCACUUUUGAGGUUUGCGACAGUGUUCUGAAUAUUGGACCAAUAGGGCAUAUGUGUGUGGGUCAGAGGGCUAAGGAGGAGGAUCAGGAGGAGGAAGGAGAACACGAUGAGGAUACAGCACAAUGGGAUUUGGAGAUUGUGACUUCUAGUGGUCAUGGAAAAAAUGGAGCUCUGUGUGUUCUGCAAAAUUCCAUAAAACCCCAGAUAAUCACGAGUUUUGGAUUGACAGGAUGUACAGAUGUGUGGACAGUGGCUGAUGACUCAGGAAAGAAGGUGGAGAAAGUGGAAGAUUCCACACAUGCCUUCAUGAUUCUGUCCCAGGAAAAUGCCACAAUGGUUUUGCAAACGGGUGAUGAGAUUAAUGAGAUUGAGAAAACGGGCUUCUGCAACAAUCUCCCGACGAUCUUCGUGGGAAAUGUGGGCAAUAAUAGGUACAUUGUUCAGGUGACAACGAAGAGUAUUAGGCUACUGCAGGGUGCACGUCUUCUGCAGAAUAUUCCCUUUGACAAAGAAGCUCCUCUGGCAACAGCCUCCGUUGCUGAUCCUUACGUGUGUGUUCUAUCCCAGAAGGGAGUAGUCCUCACUCUGGCUCUGCGAGAAGCCAAAGGAACUCCCAGGUUGGCUGUCAAUAAGAACACAGUCAGUCCUUCGCCUCCGGUGAAAACACUCUGCUCCUACAGGGAUACCAGCGGCAUGUUCACGUCCAAGUACGAGGACUAUGCGGACAGAGGUCAGGGAAAUAAUCUCUAUAACACGGGAUUUGGAUACAUGAAACCCGAGCCCAAUAUGAAAAUCGAAGAUGAGGAGGAUUUACUGUAUGGAGAUGCCGGGAAUAGUUUCAAAGUGACCAGCAUGGCCGAGAUGGCAGUUGGUGGUAAAAAGGGUUCAGAAUGGUGGAGGAGAUACCUUCAGGCAUCCAAACCGACCUACUGGCUCCUCGUAACACGAAGCAAUGGAAAUCUUGAGAUUUAUUCAAUGCCUGAUCUCAAGUUAACCUAUUUGGUGAACAAUGUGGCAAAUGGAAAUAAAGUCCUUACGGAUUCAAUGGAAUAUGUCCCCCUGAUCACCAAUCCAGAAGAAGCAGCUCAAGGAGAUGUCAUCAUGUGCGGACCUCAGUGUCAGGUUUCAAUUCAGGAAAUUCUAAUUGUUGGCCUGGGAAGUCACGGAAAUCGCCCAUUGCUCAUUAUUCGGACAGAGAUGGAUAUUCUGAUCUACAAAGUAUUCAGGUACGCUAAAGGCCACCUGAAGAUUCGGUUCCGGAAGGUUAGUCAUGACAUCAUCCAUCAGAAUAGUGAGGCAGAAGGUGAGAGAUUUGUGAAUCAUUUGAGAUACUUUGGGAAUAUUUUUGGAUACAAUGGGGUGGCUAUUUGUGGCAAGAAUCCUCAUUUUGUCCUGCUGACUCCCAAAGGGGAGUUCCGGACACAUCGUUUGUACGGAAAGGGUGUCAUUAAGAGUUUUGCUCCCUUCAACAAUAUCAACUGCCCCAAUGGUUUUCUCUAUUUUGAUGAUAGUAGUGAACUAAAGAUUGCAGUAUUUCCCAAGUAUUUGACGUAUGAUGCUGAUUGGCCAAUGAGAAAGAUACCCUUGAGAUGUACUCCCAUGCAGAUUUGCUAUCACACUGAAAGAAAAAUUUACUGCUUGGUGACAAAUACUUCGGAGGUCAGUCAGAAGUAUUACAGGUUCAAUGGGGAGGAUAAGGAGCUGACGGAAGAGAACAAGGGUGAGAGAUUUAUGUAUCCAACUGUGGAUAAGUUCACUGUUCUCCUGGUGGCACCGACUACUUGGGAAAUUGUUCCAUCGGCUCAGAUAGAUCUUGAUGAAUGGGAACAUGUGACAGCGUUUAAGAAUGUUUCUCUGCUCUGCGAAGGGACUCGAUCUGGACUGAAGGAGUAUAUUUGUGUGGGAACAAAUUACAAUUACAGCGAGGAUAUUACUUCCAGGGGCAGGAUACUCAUUUACGAUAUUAUUGAAGUAGUUCCGGAACCUGGAAAGCCCCUUACUCGAUAUCGCUUCAAGGAGGUCUAUACGAAGGAGCAGAAGGGGCCAGUAUCAGCCAUUACUCAUGUUCUAGGCUUUUUGGUUACGGCUGUUGGCCAGAAGAUCUAUCUGUGGCAGUUGAAAGACGGAGAUUUGGUGGGAGUGGCUUUUAUUGACACAAACAUCUACGUUCAUGAGAUGGUGUCCAUCAAAAGCCUAAUUCUUGUGGCAGAUGUGUACAAAUCUAUCAGCAUAUUGCGUUUCCAGGAGGAAUACCGAACUCUUUCGCUCGUUUCGCGCGAUUUCCAGGCCCAAACUGUCUUCAGUGCUGAGUAUGUUGUGGACAAUAGUAAUUUGGGAUUCCUUGCCACAGAUGUCGAUGGCAAUAUCAUCAUUUACAUGUACCAUCCGGAGUCGCGCGAAUCUUUUGGUGGACAAAAGCUCCUCCGGAAAGCUGACUAUCACCUUGGUCAGCGCAUCAAUACUAUGUUCAGAAUUCAGUGUCAUUUGCGUGAGCAUCAGCGUCAGGAUCAAUUGGAACGAAGAAUCUCCAAUUAUGACCACAAACACAUCACAUUCUUUGGGACUCUCGAUGGAGGAUUAGGUUUCUGCCUUCCACUUCCGGAGAAAACCUACCGUAGACUCUUUAUGCUUCAGAAUCUCCUGAUGGUGCAUUCAUCGCAUCUCUGUGGACUCAAUCCUAAAGUCUUCAGGACAAUCAAGAGCUCGAGGAAGAUGCAAGCCAAUCCGGCGAGAUGUAUUGUAGACGGAGAGCUCAUCUGGUCCUUUAUUCAAUUGCCAAUGAAUGAGAAGAUGGAACUGGCUAAGAAGAUUGGUACGCGAAUCGAUGAGAUCUACAGUGAUCUUGCGGAAAUUCAUUCGGUGACUGCGGUGUUUUAAGCUGCGCAAUACUUGGUAAGUCUUUUAUUUUAGUAAUGGAUUUUGAAAUGAUAAAAAUAUAAAGAAUUUUUCGUUGUAGA